GUGGGGGGUGCAGCAGACCCUGAGAUCACCCGUUCGGCUGCCAGGGGGUUGGGGGGGAGAGGGCAGGGGAAUCCCUAGUUGCCAUUGAGCAAGUUGUCCAAGCUCAGAGAGGCAGGCAAUCAGAGAGGGGGUGGCGUUCCAGGAACUCUGAGGCCGUUGGAACUGUGGUUGAUGCUCUGAGGUGUGCGAAGAGGGAAGCAGGAAGAGAACAGAGUGGUUGCAUCAAGCUGGCUUCCCUCCCUGGCUGGGCCUCACCCUCCCCUCCAAAGCAGCUAGAAAACUCCAGAAUCCUAGUUUUUCUACACCUCAGUGACUUGGGAAAUGAAAUGCCAGGAGCCAGGCCAGAAAAUGAGGAUGUAGGGUUAUGGGUCCUGAGGCCCCAGCAGGGAGAUAGGAGAGCAGGUGAGGAUCUGUCCCUGCCAGGCACCAGCCCCUCUGGCGCCACCUCCUUCUCCCCAGGGGACCAAAGCCUCACCUCGAUGUAAGAUGCCGGGGUCUGAAAAGUUGAGUGAAAUGAGACUGAAGAAGGUGAGAACAAAGAGGAGGCCUGUGAUGACGGGAAAGGCCCACUCCCCAUUCUGGGCCAGCCACCUGCAACUGAGACCAGAGCCUGAUUCAGCCCUGAUCUAGAGCCACCUGAAGCUCCCCCAGUGCUCAGUAUUCCAGGGUCAGGACCCACGGACUAUCUUAAGGCCUGCUCUAAAAACCCAGGCUGAUGACAGACCCAGAGAGGCUCUGCCAAAUGUCACCAGCAUUACGAGCCAACUGCAGCUCCCCAGAUGUGCCAGGCACUCUAUACCACUGUGCCUUUGCACAUUCUGUUCCCAUGGCCCAAACAUCCUCGCUCCCUGACUCCUGACCCCCUGUUCCGCACUUGCCCUGCCCCUGUACUAUAAUGGUGUUUUCCUUUCUGUCUUUCUGUAAGAAAUCUGUCAGCCUAUGUGGGAGACUCACGGGAAUGCGAAGAAAAGGCCACCGAAAAAGACCAGCAGCACUACAUUGAAGGCGGCAAACAGGCUCGGGAGGAUCCAGGGAAGCGGGGCCUGUGGUGGGGGCCGGGGCUCCUGCAAGAUUGGCAUGGCUGGGUCUCCUGUGUCCCCAGGGGAGAACUGAGCCACCCCAAGGCGCCUUCCCCCCUGCUGGCUCCCAGAGCCCCAUGGCCACAGCGGCCUUGGAAGCCACAGCCCAGGGUGGAAGGAAAGAAGCCCCACUGUGACAUCACAGAAGCCAAGGCGAAUGGGGGUCAGGGGCCCUCAGCAGAGCUGUCUGCAGUCUACUCUGGCUGCAUCAUGGGUCCACCACUUCCACCUGCAAACCCACCCUUCCCCCGUACGUGCUGGGGACUGAGAAACUCCACCUCUGUGAGGGUGGCUUUGAGACUUAGAAAUUAGAGAAACAGCGGAAGAAGGUUGGUAGCUCCAACCACCCUUUCAGGCCCAGUGCUAAUCGAAGCAAACCGUGCUCAUUGCCCACUCCAUCUCCGUUUUCUCCUUUUGUUACAAAAUCCCACUUGGGCGGCGGGGACCAGCAAUCUACUCGGUUAAGUAACUUCCCUACUUCCUUCGUUUCCAGGUUGGUUUCAUGAUACAAUUUUGGUCAGUGAGAUGUAAGUGGAUGUCCUUGAGGGUUUCUAGAAGAGCUUUGUCUUCCUGAUAAAAGGGAAGAAGACACAGUUGACAUAGCCCUAUGCCUUCUUCCUGUCUUGAACCUAGACGUGCUGGCUGGGGGGUGCCGCCUUGGUUCCGUUAGGCAAGAAGUUAACUUGCAGCCAGACAGAGCUUGAUGGCAGAACUGAGUAGCUGCGCCAGCCCUGGACAGCCCAGCUCUGAGCUGCUUAUGUGAGAAAAUAACUGGGUUUUCUGUGACAAGGCACUGACAAUUGUCAUUUGUUUUGACCCCUGACCAUCUGAACCCUCUGUGUUUGGAGGAGUUCCCACAUCAUAAGCCUCAAUGACCAUUUCCUCAUUCCACUUGGAGCUGAAAAUGCCAGAUUUUUUGUGUUCUCAGCCUCCUUUGCCACAAGCGCACAGGCCCAUGACCCUGGCACCACCAGUCAGAGAAACCCAUGCCAAACCUCAUCUCAGGAGCCGUGAGUGCUAGAGACCCGAGGAGGGAAAGAGCCAGAGGGGAAGACUGGCCAGUCCACCUGCCUGCAGCCGUCCCCCGGGAAAGGCAGGAGCUGCUCACUCAGCCGGCACCGCCACCCUGCCCGCCCCCUGGCUCCUCUGAGCCUGCCCAGAGAGGGAGAACAUGGAGCCAGAAAGGACACACAUAAAGCUCGACCCCAGGUACACGGCAGACCUUCUGGAGGUACUGAAAACCAAUUACAGCAUCUCCCCUGCCUGCUUCUCUCUCCCCCCCACUGCAGCCCAGCUCCUGAGAGCAUUGGGCCCUACGGAAAUUGCUGUCACAGCCAUCAUGACCAUGCUUGCCAUGUGCUCUGUCAUCAUCUUCCUGGAGGAUGCUGUCUACCUGUAUAAGAACACCCGUUGUCCCAUCAAGAGGAAGACUCUGCUCUGGAGUAGCUCUGCACCCACGGUUGUGACUGUGCUCUGCUGCUUUGGUCUCUGGAUCCCUCGUUCCCUCAUGCUCGUGGAAAUGGCCAUCGCCUCGUUUUAUGCAGUAUGCUUUUACCUGCUGAUGAUGGUCAUGGUGGAAGGCUUUGGUGGGAAGGAGGCAGUACUGAGGACACUGAAGGACACCCCAAUGAGGAUCCACACGGGGCCCUGCUGCUGCUGCUGCCUCUGCUGCCCACCCCUCAUACUCACCAGGAAGACACUUCGGCUGCUAAUGUUGGGCCCAUUCCAGUAUGCCUUCCUCAGGAUAACACUGAUCAUGGUGGGCCUGUUUCUCAUCCCUGAUGGCAUCUUCGACCCAGCAGAUGUAAGCCAGGAGUACGGGGUAGCAAAGUCCAAGCCUCAUUUAGUACCCUUGAGCUCUAGAAGGAAUAGCCAGAGACAGUGUUCCCUGACACAGGGCCCCAGGGACAGGAUGGCUGUGGAUAGUAGGGACUUGGGGGCUCUGGUAGGGAGGAGACAUCAGUGGGUGAAGGCUUUGAGGCUUUCCUACUACCUUUCCCACCACGGGGGAGGAGAAGUAGAAAGAGAAACGCUCGCCUCACUCCCUGACUACUUUCUGGUCUGCCACCAGAUUUCUGAGAAGAGCGCAGCUCUCUGGAUCAGUACUUUCCUCGCUGUGUCUACCCUGUUGGCUCUCUGGGCCCUGUCCAUCCUUUUCCGUCAAGCCAGGCUGCACCUGGGUGAGCAGAACAUAGGAGCCAAAUUUGGUUUAUUCCAGGUGCUCUUCAUCCUGACUGCCCUGCAGCCCGCCAUUUUCUCAAUCUUGGCCAACGGUGGGCAUAUUGCUUGUUCGCCUCCCUUUUCCUCUAAAAUCAGGUCUCAAGUGAUGAACUGCCACCUCCUCAUGCUGGAGAGUUUUCUAAUAACUGUGCUGACACGAAUAUACUACCGGAGGAAAGACGACAAAGUCGGGUAUGAACCUUUCUCUUCUCAAGGCCUGGAUUUGAACCUCAAAGCCUGAGGCAGAUGGCACGGACAAUGGAAGAGACACAGUACUCAUUAGGAGGGCACACAAUUUCUUCACUGUCCCUCAACCCUGACCAAAUGGGGAAGGGUCCCCACUGUCAGCAGAAGCUGACAGAUUACAGUUGACUGUACAGAUGAAGGCGAAUUAUGCAAUGGGAUGACAUUGUUUUGGAUCUUCCUUGGGGAAGGUAUUUUAAGUUUUGUAAUAAACAAACAGCAUGGAGUCUGAAAAUCUCUAACUGGGUACAUCACCUCUGUGGGUGCAACUAUUAGCCCUUCAAGCUAGGUCACAAUGAGCUUUCCUUACCAAACGAAAGGAGGAAGAGUGUAUGGUGGUGUGUCUGAUAUAAGGACAGGAGAACCCAGUCAGGCAAACAGUACCAGCCCAAAGUCCCGGAGACAUCAGGCUUCUGGAGAACAGGUGAAAGCUGUUCUUGCUCUUUACAAAUGUGUCAUGAGGGCACAGGUGACAUUAAGCCUGGGAGAUCUGGAUCAGGCUCCCUUUGCCAGGCAAUGGCUUUUUGAGUUCUCUGUGCCAAGCUGCAAAAGGAUUCCCUGGUAAUACAGUCAUGGAGCCUGAUUUUGAGGAGGGAAAUUAGGAUAUAAAAGCAAAGGAAUUACGAACAAAGGUAAAAGCCCGAAAUUCACAGAAUAUAUCGUCCACAGGUAUACCAGGUCAAAAACCACAGGAAAUGGGACGUUAUCAUUUAUUUGGCUAAAUGGUAAAAGGAAAAUUACAAAAAAAAAAUCAAACCAAACCCACUGACAUCGAGCUGAUUCUGACUCAGAGCAGCAACCCUACAGGACAGGGCAGAACCACCCCAUAGGAUUUCCCAGACUGUAAUCUUUAGA